CUCCUGGCUGACCCCCUGAUUCUUACUCUCUUCACUCACCAUCUGCUUCACGUCCACGAUGAAGUUCAGUGGGAAUGAAUGUCCCUUUUGCUCUUGUCCACUCAGGCCAGUGGUUCGCCAGCGACACUUCACAAAAUGCAACCGUGCAGAAGAAUGGCAUCCCUGUCCCAGCUGCCAUGAAAGAAUACAGGUACGCGACUUUGGACUUCAUCAAGCAUCAUGUGGAAAGAUAGCGACCCAAAAUCAUGGCCAAUGUAGUGCGCCGUCUGCUUCAGCAUCCCAGCAUCCAGUGUUGAACCGCAAGACCGAGCAUCAGUCAGAACAGAUUCCCUUGACAGAUGGACAAGGAAACACUUCCAUUAAUACCAUGACCCACGGUGACACGAUCAUCCAAUUGCAGCAUAAAUAUACUGCUUUACGGUCGGAUUUCAUGCUGCUUGUUGAGAAAUUGCAUGAAUUUGGAGCUGUACUUUUGAGUUGCCGCCCUAUGCCAAGUGAUUUACCUGAGUCUCGAAAUGCUCCAGCACCCAAUAGUCCCAUGAUGGUUGAGCCCCAGAACCUUUCCGCUCAGACUAAUCCGGAAAUACGGAAUAACAGCAAUCCUGUUUCAUUUGGCAUGGACGCUGCAUUGACUUCGAAACCCUCCAAUGCUAGUAUGCCCGCCAAUCACUCGGUGCUUCAAAAUAAAGAUACCGAGAUGCCUGAUUUGAAUGACAAUGAAGAUGAAACCAAAACUCUAGAAUCAGCACACCCUCAAGCCGGUCUAGAUAAGAAGCCGAAUCAACCAGGCGACGAAAUUCUGGAAGAAAGCAAUGGUCAGACAAGUACAAGCGGUUCAAUCGCUAUAGCCCACGGCAACUGUGACAAACAGAAAGGGAAAGCAGGAACUUUGUCCCAGAGGCCUAGAGGAAGACCUAGGAGAAAAUCGCUGAAGGCAAGGUCUGAGAAUACGCGUAGUAAACCGCAAGGUAACCGCCGAGUUGUGACGAGACCACUGGCAAAUAUGAAAGACCCUGUUGAUUUGACUAUGUGUGCUGACGAUGACUACGUCAACAAAAGAAUCGCGCCCCGUUACGAAAUAUCCAUUGAGGAUUUGCGCACCUGUGAGCCAGGUCAAUGGCUCAACGACAAGAUCAUCUAUGCAUACUUGUCUCUGCUUAAAGAUUAUGCAAAGUCGACUGGGCGUAUCACUUGUCAUGUUCUUGAUACUUUCUUCUUCACCCUCAACCUGAAACAAGGCUAUUCGGGAGUUAGUCAGAAGGGCUCGCAGAUACCCUUGGAUGUUAAUAUUAUUCUCAUGCCUAUUUGCACCAAACAACACUGGACCCUGGUUGUUCUGCAUCCUCGCACUCGGGUGAUUCAAAGAUAUGAUUCCCUUCACGGUCUUGGAGAGAAUCACCUUCAUCAAAUUCAAAAGUGGCUAGACACAGAGUAUAAGACCGGGGCUGGUCCGGAAUGGACUGUUGGAGAUCAUGUCUCCCCACGGCAAGAGAAUAGUGAUGAUUGUGGAAUCUUCGUCCUUGCAACAGCAAGGUCAGUGGUCAUGAAAACAUCUCUGGACUACAACACUGAUAUCAUUCCCAUGAUGAGAAAAAGGAUUGUUGAGGAACUUAAGGAGAACCUUCACAGUGCCAAGGCCCACUUGGAGCUCUUUGAGUUCGAAAGUCUUCAUGACAAGCAUAGCGGUUGAAUACAAGCAGGGAAGAAAAAAUAAAUAGGACAUGUAUCAUGAGAAGGGGAUUUGCUUUGUUAACGGUGUCGCCCUCGAGACUUUGUCCCUUGGCUCCUCCAGAAUCUUGAAGAGCUGAUUGGUCUGCAAGCGUGGGAAUGUGUCAGGGAGCUGUCCAGUAACAAGGUGUGUGGUCUAGUGAUGGGAUUCGCCUAGAGCCUGGCCAAUACAGAAGAUUUAGACCCCUG